AUGUCCUCAUCUGAGAUGACAAUGGAAGACGAUUCUGGAGAAGUAUGUGGUCAUAAACAAGAUAAAACGUUUAAUUAUUUGACAAAAACAUUUAAUCAGAAAGAUGGUCCACCCAUACAGGCAAUGUGUGAUAUCACUCGUACACAUGUCGAUUCAUUUAAUUGGAUGUUAAAAGAAGGACUAAUGAAAGCAACAGCAUGUGUGCAACCCUUAGAAUUUGAAACAAGCAAUAAAUCACGUAUCAAAGUUAAAUUUGUUAAGCUCGAAAUUUCGCGACCAAAAUCGAAAAUAAUUGCCGGUGCUAGUCGAACGCAUCAUGUUGUUUUUCCAUUUGAAUGUCGUAUGGGUAAAUGUACAUAUUCCGGACAAUUGAAUGCUCGUUUGCAGGCUGAAGUUUAUGAUUCAAAUGGGAAAAUGAUUGGAAAAGAGACAUACGACAGAAAUUUGGGACCUAUACCAGUCAUGGUGCGAAGCGAUAUAUGUAAUCUGAAUAAAAUGACAACGUCAGAGUUAUGCUCAAAAUCAGAAGAACCAAAUGAAAACGGCGGUUACUUCAUCGUCAAAGGUUAUGAACGAAUAUUGCGACUAUUAACAAUGUCCAGAAGGAACUAUCCGAUGGCGAUGUCUCGUGGCAAAUGGAAACAGCGUGGACCUGGUUUUACCGAUAAAGGAAUACAAAUUCGUUGUUUAGCUGAUGAUCAACGAGGAAUUGAAAAUACUCUUCAUUAUUUGGAUACAGGUGCCAUCUCUCUGGCAUUUAUGCUUCGCAAAGAAAUGUAUUUUAUACCCGUUAUUAUGAUACUCAAAAUGUUAGCUGUGGACAAUGCAUCUGAUCGUGAAAUAUAUGGAUGUUUAAUGAGAGGUUGUGAAGGAAAUAGAGCGUCCGAGGGCUCCAUCAAAUACAUGUUUCGUCAGUUACAGAAGACAUUUUGGAGAGAACAUCUGUUGCUGAAUAAAGAUCAAAUAUUAAACUAUGUUGGUUCACAUUUUCGUGAAAAGUUAAAUCGUCCAGCAUGGCAUUCGGAUCAAGAAAUAGCAAAAUAUUUAUUAUCACAAUAUAUCCUCAUUCAUAUCAAAGACAAUAAUCAAGCUAAAUUUAAUCUAUUAAUAUUUAUGAUUCGUAAACUGUUUGCAUAUGUUCGAGAUGAAUGUAAAGCAGAAGAUCAAGAUUCACCAUCGAUGCAUGAAUUACUGCUACCAGGACACGUCUAUUUAUCAUUAUUAACAGAACGUCUAGAGUCAUGGCUAUGGACAUUGCGUGAAACGUUUCUGAAAUUAAAUAAAAACAAAAAUGAUGCUAUUACUACAAAACUUCGCUCGUCGAUGGAUGCGAUUGAUAAAGAUCAAAUAGCUAAAGCAUUCGAAUUUUUUCUAGCCACAGGAAAUUUAAAUUCAAAAACAAACCUUGGACUCAGACAGACAAGUGGUUUUUCAAUCAUUGCCGAACGUUUAAAUAUUUUACGUUUUAUUUCACAUUUUCGUUCUGUUCAUCGUGGGGAUGCAUUUACUGAAGCAAAAACAACAUCAGUGAGAAAAUUACAUCCCGAAGCAUGGGGAUUCUUGUGUGCUGUACAUACGCCGGAUGGAUCAUUAUGUGGACUAUUGAAUCAUUUGUGUAUAGCAUGUAAAGUUUCAGAUGAUUAUCCUUUUGAUACAAUUACUGAUCUUCUACAUUCAUAUGGUAUGAUUUGUCCAGCUAAUCCAAUUGGAGAACAUUUAGUCUCACACGAGUCGUCGUAUGAUGUUCUUCUCAAUGGCCAAAUAAUCGGUUAUGUGUCAGAUAACAAGGUAUCACAAAUUGUUCAACAAUUGCGUCUAGAUAAAUGUCUCUCUAGACCUGGCGUACCAACUUAUCUUGAAAUUGUUCAUAUACCAAAGACGGGCAAAUAUACUCUCUAUCCUGGUGUCUAUCUAUUUACAACACCGGCACGAAUGAUGAGACCGGUGAGAAAUUUACAGACAAAUACACAAGAAUAUAUUGGCACAUUUGAACAAGUCUAUUUGGGAAUAUGUAUUACACAUCAAGAAUUUGUUAAUGGAUAUACAACUCAUCAAGAAUUGAAUCAGCAUAAUUUUUUGAGUAUAACAGCAAACUUAACGCCAUUCAGUGAAUAUAAUCAAAGUCCAAGAAAUAUGUAUCAAUGCCAGAUGGCUAAACAAACAAUGGGUACUCCUUCAUUAGCUUAUCGUCGUCGUAAUGAUAAUAAACUUUACUAUAUCACAACUCCUCAAGCUCCACUUGUACGAACCAGUGUUUAUAAUCAAUAUUUGUUGGAUGAUUAUGCUAUGGGAACAAAUGCUAUUGUUGCUGUACUCUCUUAUACGGGCUAUGAUAUGGAAGAUGCAAUGGUUAUAAACAAAGGUUCGGUUGAACGGGGGUUUGCACAUGGAGCAAUUUAUGCAUCAGAACUUAUUGAUUUGCAAGAGUUUGUCACCGAAAAAUCUGAUCAAGGAAAAUAUCCACUCGUUUUUUCUCUUGAUACUAAAAAUGUUCAGUGGCGCCAUUUAGAUCAAGAUGGUUUACCUGUUAUUGGUUCAACAAUUUAUCCAGAAGAUGUUUUAUGUUGUUAUUUGAAUACAUUAACCGGUGAAUACAAACCAAUAAAAUAUCACAAGAAAGAACCGUCACAUAUUAUGUCCGUAACACUUGUAGGCAGCGAAGAUGCAAAACUACCAAAAUCUAAAGUUUGGAUUAUGUUUAGAAUAAUGCGUACACCAAUAAUUGGUGAUAAAUUUUCUAGUCGUCAUGGUCAGAAAGGUGUUUGUUCACGUUUAUAUCCGAGCGAAGAUUUACCAUUCACUGAAUCUGGUCUUGUGCCUGAUAUUAUUUUUAAUCCGCAUGGAUUUCCAUCUAGAAUGACCAUCGGUAUGUUAAUUGAAUUUAUGGCUGGCAAAUCGAGCGUAUUACAUGGUCUGUGUCAUGAUGGAACGCCGUUUCAAUUUGAUGAUGAUUAUCCGGCUGUUGAUUAUUAUGGAAGAUUACUAAAAGAUGCUGGUUUUAGUUAUUAUGGAACAGAAUCAAUGUACAGUGGAAUAACUGGACUACAAUUAGAAGUUGAUAUAUUUAUUGGUGUUGUGUUUUAUCAGAGACUAAGACAUUUAGUUAGCGAUAAAUUUCAAGUAUGUAUAUUUCUGAGUAAUUAUAACAAAUGUGCAAAUAGUUGUGUAUUCGUGAAUGCAAUUUUGAGUUAUAAAAAUAUUAUAAUAUUAAUACCGCAAAUUACAGUACCAGCUGUAAAAAUAUUUAAUGAGAGUCACAGUGAUGUUUAA